GGUUUGAUUGGUUCAUUGGUCAAAAAUAUGAUGAUGAAGAGCUCCAGACAUAUAGAGCAGAAAUUGUAACUGACGCGGAUGAUGGUUGGGUAAGAAUAACUCUUCAUAUCAAAAAUCUCACCGAAAGGAAAGAAAAAUUCAUAAUAGUACAUGUGUAUAAAUUUGAUAGAAGCGAAGCUUCAUUGCUACAAAAUAAUCAGUUGAGUUCUUCUGAUUCUCGCUUACAGCAAAAUAAAAGCAAGAAAAAUAAGAUCAAGUAUUCCAUCAUAAAAUUAGAAUCAGAUACUAACUCUGAUACUUCUGACUUGAGCACUUCUUUGUCUAGUUUGGGAUCAGAAGAUACACAUGUAUAUAAAAGCAUGUAA